ACUACCCUCCUCUUGAGUUUUCGAGCUCCACUUGAAUCUUGAAGUCGCAAAUCGGAGAAUCCCUAUUCCUACCGGAGAAGACAGCUCGCACAAUACCGCCGGACGCCGACGGCGAACCUCAAGAAAGAAGAAAAAGUGAAAGCAUGGGUGGGCAAGAUUCUGCUGACAAUCCAGGGGUGAGGCCAGCAGUUGUUUUAACUGGAACGGCAAAGCAAGGUAGCUAUGGACCACCCAUUGGUCUGAUUGACGUUGGUGUUAGUCACAGUGCCUACCUCUUCCGAGUUGCAUUGCCUGGAAUCAGGAAUAAUCAAAGUAAUCUAAAAUGUGGGAUCCAACGUGAUGGGAGGGUUCACAUACAAGGCGUGGUACCAGAUGAACUUGGACUGCUGAAAGGCUCAUCUACUGUAUACCAGAUGAAAUUGCAGCAAAGAAGUCCUCCGGGACCGUUCACCAUUUCUUUUAAUCUGCCUGGACCUGUAGAUCCUCGACUGUUCUCUCCCAUUUUUCAAGCUGAUGGAAUCCUAGAAGUUGUAGUCAUGAGACACAGGACACCAAGUCCUCCAAUAGACAGCGUGGUCCCACCUUUAUGAUAUAUAUCUAUAGAAAAAGAAGCUCUUGUUGAACGCAAUGUGACUCCUUUUACUUUGAGAGAGGCAGCAGUUGCAGGAAGAGUUGAUAAUUAGAAACAUUGAGGUACUAAAACAAAGUAUGUAGCUAGAAAGAAAGACCGUCAUGAGUUGUGGAUUUUGGUUGGAGAAUUGCCUGCCAAUCAGCAGGAAUAACCAAACAGCGGGUGAAAAGAAAGUCUUGACUUUUGAGGUUAGUUCAUCAUUUUAUUUUUGCUUUAAUAGAAAAUUAUUGGAAGU